AUGGAUGGCUCUGUCGAUUUUAACCGCAGCUGGGAUGAUUACAAGCAUGGCUUCGGUAACUUGGUCGGUGAAUUUUGGCUCGGACUAGACAAGAUAAAACCGCCUGACACGAAACAAGACAAAGAACAAGCUUCGAGUAGAUCUAGAAAUGCCAAUGUUUCCAAUGAUUCACUCGGUUCUCAUAAAGGUUUCGUUUUUGGUACCUGGGAUAAGAUUCCUGCUGGUUGUGCUCAACAAAUAGGAGAAGGCUGGUGGUAUGACAGCAGUAUUACCCAAUGUGCUGUUUCGUCAAAUCUUAAUGGUAUUUAUCCACGUUGUGGAAAAGAAACCUUGGCAGCUAUCCACUGGGGAUACUUUGGGGAUAAGUGCCAAGAGAAGCGCUCCAACAUCAACUGA